CAACCCCAUUUGAUCCAAUUCAAAUGGCCAAUUUACAAGAAUGCUAUGGCCAUAAGCUAGGUGAAACUGAAACUGAAUACCUAUGGCGAGUGUGUCUAACUGGGGGAGAUAGAAUUUUACUUAAUGGAGAUGAAGCCGAUGGAUUUUGGGGCCCUGGUGUCUUUUUAAAUGCUGGACCCGCACCCCCAGACGAUCCCCGCUCAAUAACAAGUAGAGUGGCAUACUGGGCUGGUGGAAUAGAUGUUUUAGAGAGAGGAGAGCCGCUAUUAAUACCUAUUAAAUCCUUGAACGAGCUCUCUACAGCUAUUACAAAAGCUGCCUGUAUCCAGGCCAUGCAUGAAUGCGGCCCUCUUAAUGUUCCUAUAUCAGCAGUUGUGGAUCCUGACAUGCUAAAGCCUUUAAUCAAGGGAGCCCCUGCUAUGCUUAAACCCUACCUCAUUGCAAAAAGAGAUGAAAUCAGGAGAGAUGCAGAUUUUAAUGCUCUUUUGGCCAUAAGAGAAGCUGCUGACGACGAGGAAGAGGCCCUAGUGCAAAGAAAUCUCCCUACCUGGGCUACAUUAAUGCACGACAUCAUAAAUCAUGGGAGAAAAUGGAUCUGUAUCGAUGGCAACAACUAUGGUGGUUUAUCCCCAGAUUAAUCUCAAUUUUUCUCUUAAUUGCGAUAAAUAUAGUUGCUUUGGUCCAGACACGAGACCUUUGGAAACAUGCACUACUAAAUUAUACUGGAAACAUUGGAAUGACACCAGAAAAUAAGGCAAACCUGAACCUUGCUACCUUGGAGAUACAUGGAAAUGGGAGAAAUUAGACAUAAAAGGAUUUAGGAUAUCUCACAAUAAUAACAACAUUCAACAAAUACUAUCACUUCAGGCCUCACCAGGAGAGGAAAUAAAAAUAGGGUGUCGGGCAAUCAAUGUGUCUACCCACAAAAAACCCACAGAAAUCAAAAUAUACUACACUAAUUUUUCUAAACCAAAAAACAAUGAGAAAUCUUGCCAUAAGAUCUCAGAACCAGACUGCUGGUACAAUUUCACUUUCACACAACCUGUACUCGCACUCUGCUUCUGGGGUAAACAUGGUGUGGAAUUAUUGUGUUACCGAAAAAGCCGGUCAAAGAAACAAAGAAACUGUAUGGCAUCAGUGGCUCUGUUUACAAUGUCCUCUAUUACAGCUCAUAUAUUUACUAUUGCCUUUUCCAAUUCACUAACUCCAAGCCAAGGGAUAAACCAUCUGGCAAAACUGUGGAAUCCUGUGGGACGAUCUAUAAUGGGAUUAUGAACCCUCCUGGUUUGUUUGAGAUGUAAUUUGUCAAUUAUUGUUAUAUUGGGGACUACAGCUCCUAAUGUGCAUGCUCCUUGCAA